GAUUGUAGUUCUUUUUGCAAAUGGAUGGUCUCUUUUAACUCGGCAUUUUGAAGAGCACUGCAACUGCACUUUCCAUGGCACAAGACACACGUAGUAUUUUGUUGUGCAUGCAAUGCAAAGAGAGCUCCUGUCUAUUGUCGCAACAAUUCAAGACAAUUAGCCUGCACAGAACAAGUAAGAGGUCAGUGAUUCAGAUAGCUCACUGUUAUCAGCCAGUUGGAUAUGAUUAACAUCUGAAGAAACUGUUUGGGCAUCAGAAGUUGUGAGAGUUUUGAUUAUAUAUGAUAAUGGUCUGCCGGUAGUUAGAGGAUUUGGGUAGAUGUUUUUAGGUUGUUUUUGCUAGUUUUAUGGAUAUUCAUACCCAUUUUGAAUAGAACACAAAUGCUGCUAGUGGGGGUUCCAGAAGAUUUGGGUAGUUGUCUUUUAGGUUAGUUUGUGGGUAGAAGAAUCAGCUUUGAGUAGAUAUGAUGAUGGUCUAACACAAAUUCAGCACGAAUGCUCUACAAAUGAGGGGAUUCCACAGGCCUUAUGUGGGUAUUUUUGGCGUCUAUUAUAAACCCGUAUUCUGAAUUUCUAAAUAGUGUCAGACGGAAGCAACUGUUUUGAAUGGAUUAGAGAUGCUAGUUUAACACAAAUUUAGCAGAGAUGCUGUCAGCCAGUGGGUUCCAGAGACUUUGUGUGGGUGUUUUUAAAAGUUGAUUUUGGUAAUUGUUCAUCACUCAUAUUUUGAUUGGACAGACACCAUCAAUGGAGGAGGGCAAGUGCGAUACCAAUAGGGAGUCCAGUUCUCUUUCAGUAGACAGAAAUUCGGAACUUGGUGCACAACAAUUUGAAGAUGAGGGCACGGUUUGUUGUAAUGAUGAGUUUGAAUUCAGAAUUUCUGUGUCGAGGACUCAGGGAGUUAUAAGCCCUGUUGAUCUAUGCCCAGCUGAUGAUUUGUUUUACAAAGGACAGCUUCUUCCCUUGCAUCUGCCUCCUCGUUUGCAGAUGGUGCAGAAUCUAGACUCUAGUGCAAAUUCUGGUUCAUGUUGUGCAAACAAUGAGUGUGAAGGGGAGAAUCUACAUUUAUUGGCUGCGAGUAGUACUAGUUCUGGUUUAGAUUGCAGGAGCAACGAGGGUAAAGGAGAGAGUUCAAAUCUAGCUUCUGUGACUGGUACUAACUCUCGUUUGGAUUGCAUUAGCAAUGAGACUAAAAGAGAUUCUGACGAAUCUGUGAAUUCUCAGAGUUUUUGGAGCAAGGAUUCAAGUGGUUCUUCAGAUAGUACUAGCUCUAGGGAUUCCAGUGGGAGUUCCCAUGAUUCGUCAGAGUGCACUUCAGCAUUAACAAACUCAGAGGAGAAGAUCCAUUUACCUUCUUGGAUAAAGUCUGCUGCGAAAAUGAAGGUUCCUCUUUUGGGUCAGAGGAGAUCAAAAAAUCGCAUGGAUGAGAAGACACAGCAGAGUGAUGAUUCUUCUGUCAGUACAGAGCGGCUUCUUCCACCAACGUCAAUAUUAAGCAGAGAUUCAUCAACAAGCAAUAGAUUUCAGAGGAAUACAUUCCAUUCUUUCCAAUAUUCAGAUGAAGGUGAAAAGCAAGGCAAUAGCAGAGGUCCCAAAGAUGUUUUCCACAGGUACUUGAAGUUGAUCAAGCCCUUGUAUGAAAAAAUCUCUAACAAAUAUGAUCAAGUGAACUUGUUAGGACAGUUUAGGAUGGAUGAAUGUGGAAAUGCAUCCUCUGCAGUGGAAAACACAACUCAGCGCAGAAAGAAGAGGCCCGGUCGAAGCAGCAUCAGCAGCUGUAAUGCUUCUUUUAAUGGGAAUUUGAGAACUGGUAGGCAUUCAGGUGUGGGGAGCUGCCCAUCUUCUAUGAGGUCAUCUCCAAACCAUAGUGGAGUCCUCACUGGUUUGUACACCAAUGCUACAAGUGACAGCACAAUGGAGGAACUGCAGAGUGCCAUCCAAGGAGCCAUUGCCCAUUGCAAGCAGUCCAAUGGAAUAAAAUCUGAGACCUCAAGCGCCAAGGAUUCUGACAUUUCCUCUUAGACUCCUGUAAGUGCACAUGAAGGGAAUGGACUGGUAAAUAUCACUUGGGUUUUGUAUAGCUGAUCUUCAGAAAUGACAUGCCAUAGUGCUAUGGCAGGAUGUACUGUUUUUGUAACGGAAUUAUGGGAUAGAUCGUCUAUAAAUGAUACUGGACCAUAAUUUAUUGCCAGUGUUACAAGGUAGAUCGCUGCUCACAGCUGUUAGUUCAAUAUAGAUUUGAACAGUUGUUUUAGUUUCCUUUUAGGUACUUGUUUCCAGUUCCAUUAAAUCUACAAUCAUUUUUACAGCCUUCGCAGCUACUACUACAUGAAUGACUCAUUACUGUAGAAUGCUGCUGUGAGCCUACUGUACAUCUCAGUGUACAAUGAGAAAUUUUGAGUAAGAAGACUGCAAUUUUGGUCAGAGAACACACUUUGAUAGUGGUACUCAAAUUAAAAAUACAAGUUUUUUCUAUUCUACUGCUGCUACUUAUAAAUUUUAGCAGCACAGCCCAGGUGGUUCGCUGCAAAUCUCACUUCUUAUGAGAAUACUUGUAUUAUAAUCAGUAAAAGUAAUUGCCCAACGGACUGUUGGAUUUAUAGC